AUGCGGCCUGGAGUAGUUCCUGAGAAGUUCCUGGAAAACAGCAUGGGGGACGAUCUCCAGACAUACCUUGAGGGCAAGGUCACUUUAUCCCUAAAGCAAAGGGGACCCAUGCAGCAGUUUCACACAGCAGAUUCCAUUAUCUGCUUGCAGUUAAGACCUGGAGUAGUUCCUGAGAAGUUCCUGGAAAACAGCAUGGGGGACGAUCUCCAGACAUACCUUGAGGGCAAGGUCACUUUAUCCCUAAAGCAAAGGGGACCCAUGCAGCAGUUUCACACAGCAGAUUCCAUUAUCUGCUUGCAGUUAAGAGCUGGGCCAGUAAUAAAGGUGAAAAUUCCGAAAGAUAAGGAUGGUAAACCAAAGCAGUUUGCAUUUGUGAAUUUCAAACAUGAAGUAUCAGUUCCUUAUGCAAUGAAUCUACUUAAUGGAAUCAAACUUUUUGGAAGGCCCAUCAAAAUUCAGUUUAGAUCAGGAAGUAGUCAUGCCUCGCAGGAUGCCAGUUUGUCAUAUCCCCAGCAUCAUGUUGGAAAUUCAAGUCCUACCUCUACAUCCCCUAGCAGGUGUGAUGGAGACUGGAGUCUGAAGAUAUUCCUGGAAAAAAGUGAAGGGCGAGAUGGAAGACGGAGAUCGAGUUUAAGCCCAGGGACUGGGUACGGCGAGAAUCUGGCUUGGCGGCUUCGGUUCCGACUAUCUGGUUCCCGCCCCUUUAUAAAGCGGGUCAGGCUCCGGCCGCCACCAGUCAGUCGACGACUCUCGGGAGGGGGCGACGCUGAGAUGGGGGCGGCGGCAGCGGAAGCGGACCGCACUCUCUUUGUCGGCAACCUUGAGACUAAAGUGACUGAGGAGCUCCUCUUCGAGCUUUUCCACCAGAAAAUGCUAGGAUUACAGAUGAACAAUGUUUUGAGACAGAUGUCAUAUGGUGGAAAAUUUGGUUCUCCGCCUCUGGAUCAGUCAGGAUUUUCACCAUCAGUUCAAUCACAUAAUCAUACUUUUAACCAGUCUUCAAGCUCUCAAUGGCGCCAAGAUACAACAUCAUCACAGCGUAAAGUCAGACAGAAUUCUCAUCCCUACCUAACAGAUAGACAUUAUAGCCGGGAACAGCGUUACAGUGAUCAUGGGUCUGACCAUCAUUACAGAGGAAGCAGAGAAGAUUUCUUCUAUGAAGAUAGGAAUCACGAUGGCCGGAGCCAUGACUAUGAUAACAGAAGAGACAGUAGUAGAGAUGGAAAAUGGCGUUCAUCUCGACACUAACAAGUGUUAAAAAGACACUCCUUGUAGCGUCGUUUUAGGCCCUUUGACUCAGUUGAUCCGAAAAUAAUUUUGUUGAAAAACUGUACAGAGCAGCUUCAGAAGCUGACACAUUUCUUUAUAAAUUUUUUAAAACAUAGUUACAAUUUAAU